AGUCAGGUGGCCAAACAACGUCAAUAGACUCCACUGAGGAAGGAGCAUCAGCGCUACUUCAAACUGCCAUCAGAUAAAGUCCUUCUUUAUCUCAAGUCUGAGCUCUUCCAUUUUGCUUCAGCCACCAAUAUGGGAUUUUGUUAUUUUCGUAAUGAUCAAUUUCUUGUGACCAUGAGUAUUUUUUUGAUUCAGCUACAAUGACAGACUGAAGCAAAGCACUUGUUACUGCUGACUGGUCCAUUACCCGCUUCAAACACCAAAAUUCUUUAAGACUGCUUGAGGCAACGACUCGCAAUGUAGGGGUGCCACCCCCACAAAAUAAAAUCUGCUGGCUUGCUACCUGACAGGGCGUGGGCCUUUUAGCUCUGGGUGGAGUGGGUGCCCUUAGGUCUUGGGUGGCUGGGUCCUUGCUGGAUCUGUCCUGGUGACCAGCUGCUGGCAGGGUCUGUGGGUGCACUGCUACAACCUCCUCUGGCUCUGGCACAGUGGGUUUUGUGUUUGAAAACUCCCGUGGAGAAACUUACAUAGACAAUUAUGUGUGCAUGCGUGCACACACACACACACACACACACACACACACACACACACACACACACACACACACACACACACACACACACACACACACACACACACACACACACAUGCACAAGAAAGUGUCCUUGAGUCAAUAAUAUGGUAAAUUUACUAAAAGACCCCCACCACCGCACUAGUCUAUGUAUCUCACAUCGAUGGGCCGAGUUUUGAGGAAAUGCCCACUGGACAGGUGGCCGUGGUUAUGCACCCCCGCUCUACCAUUUCAGGGUUUUUCACAUCAGGACAUAAAAAAAGAUCCAAUCAUUACUGGGUUGUAAAAUAAUUCACAUGCAAAAACACAACAGAUUUUACCUUGUUAAAUCUGUUAAACGUCGGCUGUGUAUAAAAUAAGCUAUCUCACGCAGGCAGCUUCCAAGAUUCAUGUUGGAAAAAAAAUACAGACGUCCAACUUUUGGUUGUUUCUAUUUAUUAUUGCAUUUUUUUAAGCACAGAGUGUUUUUGUCACCCUAUUUUUCCUGAAAUGUGUUCUGAUCUCUCAGUAACUCUACGUCUGAUUCCACCGAUAAGAAGCAGGAAGAAUCUAACAUAUUAUGUCUGACUUCUACUGUCAGUUUUUAGAUAAAAAUCUUUAAUAAACAUGAAAAAUUGUUGUUGUAAAUAACAAAAACAAAUGAAUAUUUCCUAGAAACUAGAAGUUUUUGUGUCCUUUGCAUGUCACAGAUCAUUGAAAUGAUUGUUUAAAACAAGAAGUGUUGUUAGAUUCAGGUUUAAUUAGUGGUAUUUUAUGUUUUAUCAGAUUUUCUUCUAUAAACAUUUAAUCCCAUCGUAAAAAAAUUCAUAUUGUUGAAUACCAAAGGGCUAAAAUUCAACCUAUUAACAUAACUGGAAGAGGUUUUAUUCCAGUGGAUGCAAAGUUUUCUAGAUCAGGAAGAUCAGAUGAGUUUUUUGCUACCUUCUGCUCUCAGAACUGGCUAACCCAGGUCUAAACUGGUGCUGGCUCCACAAAAAGGUUAAAAACAUAUUUAAAAGAUGGUAGAAGGUUCUGUGAGUGAGAGAGCAGACCCAGAGGAAGUCACUGUGACUGCCAUUAAAGCAAGUUCAGUAUUUUUUUUACCAGUUUUUUACAACAGAUGCUGAUGAAAAGCUAUUUGCAUUUUUUCCUCAACUGAACCAAGAGGAAAAUAUAUUUGCAUAUGUCAGAGCAUUUGCGCAUCAAACAAAUUAUCCAGUGUGAAUGUACGUAUUUUAAUCAAAACAUGUAAAUGUCUAAAUUUUAUCAAUAUCUCCUUUUGAAGAAUUAUAAAAUGAGUCAUAAACCUGAACCAGGAUGUGAGCGGAGGUCAUUUUCAUAAAGCCAGCUCUGAAAGGUCAUACUUAAAUAAAGGUUCAGUGUGAGAGAGGAGAUCAUCUGAACAUCAAAGUGGAGAGAAGAACAUCAGGCCAGGGUGAGUCAAGUUAUUCUAACCUGAACUGACUCUUUUAAUCAUAGAGGAUGUUUUUAUUUAAAGCUUCAUUUCUGACUUGAGUUUAUUCAUUUAUUUAGAACAGAAGAUCUUAUAUAACUGGGUUUGUUUUCUCCAAAGAUGCUGCAGAGUCUGUUAUUCAUCUGUUUGAUUGGAAGGCUCAGUGAAGCCCAGGGGGAUCCGUCAGAUGUUUGCAGCUCACCAAAAAUAGAUCUGACAGACAAGAAAUCAUCUCAAUCCUCAAACUACACUGAUGGCAGCACAAUCUUCUCCUCUAACAGAGCCUUUGAUGGAGAUCGUUCAGCAUGUUCUCACACUCUACAGCAGGAAAACUCCUGGUGGAGCAUCGACCUGCAGGGAGUUUACAACAUUUCCUCCUCCAUCUACAACAAAAUUGCAGAUAACGCUGAUAUAUCAGGCUCUCAGAUCUACAUCGGCUUCUCUCAGCAGAACAACAGAACCAACAACCCUCUGGUUCAGAACAUCACGGACUUCCGAAAAGGACAUAUUAAUAUGUAUUAUUUUUCCAGCCCUGUGUUGGGGCGCUACGUCACUGUGAUCACACCACACAACCUCCACAUGAUUCUGUGUGACGUGAACAUCACAGGAACACAAGUAGAAUCACCAUUUGAACUGAUUCCCACUAACAUGAUCUGGGAAGAGGCCCUGUACUACUGCAGAGAUCGGUACAGAGAUCUGGCCUCCAUCCUGGAUGAACAGACUCAGGCCUUUGCUGAGCUGGAGGCUGAGAAGGCCCACAGUCCCUUUGUGUGGAUGGGACUUCACUACACCUGCACCCUGGAUUUCUGGUUCUGGGUUGAUGAUAACGUUGUUGGGUUUAAACGCUGGAAUCAGACGGGUAAAAUAGAAGACUGUGACAUGAGCGGAGCCAUGGAGACACGAGGAGACCAUUUCUGGUUUAGCAAGUCAGACUAUAAAGAGUUUAAUUUCAUCUGUGCAAAGUAAGCUGUUAUAUUAUUUAUUUCUAUAUUUUGUUUUAAAUCAGAGUGAAAAAAGAUUUGGGUUUGUGUUUCUUGCACUCACACCAGAACUGU